AUGGAAGGAAAUAUGUCAGAUGUCGUUAUUCCACUCUUUGAUGGUGAAAGCUAUGAUUUAUGGGCGGUAAGGAUGCAAACAUAUCUAGAGGGGCUAGAUCUAUGGGAAGUUGGGGAGGAAGAUGAUGUUCCCUUGUUUGAAAAUCCCACCGUGGCUCAAAUGCAAGCGCAUAAAGACAAGAAAACGAGAAAGGAAUACUUAAAAGCAGAAUAUGAAGGGAACAAGAAGAUUCGAGGCAUGAAGGUUUUGAACUUGAUAAGGGAGUUCGAGAUGCAAAGAAUGAAAGAGUUAAAGACGAUUAAAGAAUACUCAAACAAAUUGUUGGGUAUUGCCAACAAGAUAAAAUUGUUGGGAAAUGAGUUUUCAGAUUCCAGACUCGUUGAGAAAAUUCUGGUGACGAUGCCGGAAAGAUGA